AGUGACGAAGGAUAUAAUUCCCAUUUUAAAGACGAUGAAAUAAAAAAUCAACUUAUCAAAAUUAUAACUACUUUCUUGAAUAAACCGUUACGGGAAAUGCUAGAGGGUUGGUUGGACAAUCUAGGAACUGAGGAUUUAAGCAAACAAGUAGUGGGAAUAAAGGCAGAAAUAGAAGCUAUCUGUAAACAGAUGGAAUUUGACGAUUGCGACGAAUCAGCUGCUGUUUCUGUAUCAAUUGUUUAUAACAAACCCCAUGUACCAGACGAUGUAAAGGAAUAUUUAUUUGGAAGCUUGGACGUUAGCUCAUUUGGAUUAUGGGGGAAUUCGUCAUUUAAAGUAUUUGUCAAGAAGAAUACGGAUGAAGAAAGAUUGAAGGAUGAUCUAAUGAAUUUAAGCCCAAACUUCUUUGCAAAAUAUCAUCUUGAAAUAGAAAAAAGAAAAAUGGUUAUGAAACAGACCCUUAAGCAAGGUGAUUCAAUACGAGCAAAGACACAACGUGACGACGAAAAAUAUUGUGAAGAAACACAUCAACCUGCGUAUAUGGAAGACGAUCAAAACUUGAAAGAAAUCGGAUUUUGUGUGUUCACAACAAGGGAAAAAUCUUGUGAUUUUGCUGCCAUUGAAAUAAAGGAAGCCCUUGCAAAUGAGUGCGACAUAGCCUUAAGAAGAGAAGACAAAAAGAAAACCAAUGCAAAAGUAAAUACCAAGAGGUUAGAGAAUGUCGGCAUCGUACAUAAAAUAGGAAAGGCAACAGAUGUGACCACUGGACUUGUCCUAAGUCCCGAAUAUUAUGAUAAAGAAAUGGACGACAGCGAUAGGGAAUACCUUUUCCUAGUGAAAGGCACAAAGGGAAAGUUUUCUGAAGAAGGUGACAGUGGUUCGCUUGUUUUUUGCAGGCCAAGAAGUGUGCAACAAACCCACAUUGAUAUUUUGGGCAUGGUAUAUGCCAAUAAUCUUACAGUUGAUGAUGAUGAUCAAGAGGAAGAUGAUGAUAAUGGAAAUGACGAAAGGACCAAAAGUUCUCCAAGUGAUGGUACUGUGGAAUUGGAAGUAAACGCCGAAACUGCUUCAUGCAAAUCCUUAUCUUUCAAAACUGACAGUAUUACUUCAGCUGAUAAUGCCCAAGACCCCGAGCAUAUCUCGUGUUGUUAUCGAAUUGACACAGCGCUUAAACUAUUUGAAGAUCAUUAUUGUGGGCAAUUAAAGGUGAAAUUUCAAGAUGACUUGUCACAAUUAUCAAACUCAGAUGAUUCAAAUGAGGAAACAUAGGAAUGAAAUUCUAAAUAACUUUUUCAAACUGAAAGAUCUGCUUUGCUUAUGAUAUGAUGUGUUGUACAUUAAUUAACGUUUGUUUUUAAUUUGGAACCGAACCUUUGACAAAAGUACAAAAAAACAACGGUCAUAAAGAUGAUUAAUCUUCCAUUGUACAUGUAACUAGGAAGAUAUAUUAUGAAGUUUCCGCUAUUAAUCUAUUUUAAAUCUUAAAUUAAAAUUUGUGUGUUAUAUGUUUAUAUACAUUGUUGUUCGUAUCUUUUUUAAGAUUUGCAAUUGUAAAACUAUAUUCUUGACCAAGGUGAUUUAAAAAUUGUCAUAUUGUUAAGAUUUGAAAUUCAUUCACUCGUAACCUUACUAUUUUACACGAAUGUUUUGUUAAUAAAUAUAAAUUAAUAUGAAAGAAUACUCCGUUAAGGUUCUCCGAUCCUCAGCCUCAAAGAAUUUCAUAAAAGUGUUACUUGUCUUUCAAACUAUAUAAAUGAAAUGAAAUAAAAUGAAAUUUUUA